GUCCAAGUGCGUAACCAACAUGGCCGUUGUUGUGUCCUGGUUUCGUUCAUGUCAUUGAAAGAAUUUUUUGUUUAUCGGUAGACGAUGGAAGAAUUAGAAGGUUCUCAAGUGGAAAAACUACUCCAGUUUCAGGAACUGACUGGAAUCGAGGAACUUGCGGAAUGUAGAACAAUUCUGCAACGUCACAAUUGGGAGCUGGAGAGAGCAGUGCAUGACACCCUGACAAACAGAGAUCACGCAGUCGAAAGGUGGUUGCCCGUCAGGGCGCCAGGUCAAGGAUUGCUGGGCUACAUCAUUUCUCUGGUCUACAAUCUCAUCUCUAGAAGCAUCUGGUCUGCAUUUGGUGUCUUCUGGAGGCUCAUUCGACCCCCAGACAGGCUUUUAUUGGUGAAGUCGAUGGAUCUCUCCGCUCCUGAAAAUUCUGAACCUGAAGAUCGGGUUAUUGACUCGGAGCUGGAAAUUGAGGAGGAAAUGCAGAUCCCAGAUGAAACGCAGAGCACUGAGAGCAUGGAAAUAGUUGACAGCGACAAUGAUGAAAACGAAAACCAGCAACCGCACCACCACUACUGGCCUAUUGCCAUUUAUUCUGAUGCGCUUGCCAGAUAUGAACAAGCAGGGUCGCUGGGCAGCAAUUCGUCAAGUCCCAUCGAGGAUGUCAAGCAAUUCAUAGAAAACUUCCACACAAGAUACGGCGCCGAGGUGCGGCCUGCCUUUUGGCGAAGCAGUUACAGCCAGGCGUUGGCGGUGGCGAAGCAAGAGCUCAAAUUCCUGCUGAUCUACCUGCACUGCCAAGACCACCAGAACACAGACCCCUUUUGUCGGGAGACCCUGUGCUCGGUGCUGCUCAACGAAUACCUCCGGUCGGCCAACUGGCUCCUGUGGGGCUGCGACGUCAGCAGCGCCGAGGGCUACCGGGUCUCACAGGCCCUCCGAGAGAACAGCUACCCCUUCCUGGCGGUCGCGGUGCUCAGAGGCCACAGGAUGACUGUGGUGUCUCGCUACGAAGGUCACGUCCAGCCCGAAGAGUUGGUCCCGCUGCUGCGGAACGUUGUGACCGAAAAUGAAAUGAGCUUGAUUGCUGUUAGGGCCGAACGAAAUGAGAGGAGCCAGACAAACCUGCUCCGCCAACAGCAGGAUGAGGCCUAUCAAGAGAGUUUGUUGGCUGACCAGGAAAAGGAGAGGCGCAAAAGAGAGCAGCAGCAAGCGUUGGAAGAGGAGCAAGCCAGACUGCGCGAAGAGGAGGAAGAACGCCAACGAGAAAAAGAAGCAAUUGCUAGGCGGAAAAUUGAUCUGGCUGACCAAAUUCCUCCAGAGCCACCAACUGAUCAAGCCAAUGCUGUGCAUUUGGUCAUCAAACUGCCAUCGGGUCGAAGGCUUGAGCGGCGUUUCCUUCCUGAACACAAACUUCAGGAUGUGUUUCACUAUGUGUUCUGCCACCCUGAUUCACCAGACCAAUUUGAGAUUUCUCAAAAUUUUCCUCGAAGAGUCCUCCAGUGCCAGGGUGACGGGGCCAACACAUCCCUCCAGGAGGCUGGCCUAGGUGGCAAACAAGCCCUGUUUGUCACCGACCUCGAGGCCUGAUGCAAGUGAUAACAGACUGUCUUUAAUUUUUUCAUUUUCGUUUAGUCAACAAAUAAAGUCAGAUAUUUUGAAGUC